CGGAGAUCUGCGCUUUAGAUCACUGAAGGAAGCGUGACGUCCUGAGUCACGUGCACAGCUCGAGCGAGUCACAUGAUCAGCUGAUGACUCCUUCCCCUCUGAUGGAUGUAGCAUUUCCAGCCUUCGCCGAUUUGAAGGGCUCACAGGAAUCCAUUUCUCUUCAAAAUACAAUCAUCUAACAAAAAAUAACAUCACCGUAGCUUAGGUUUAUUCGCGGGAGAACCUUUAGAUAGCAAACCUGGCGCUGUUGGUGGAGUGGAUGAUGAACGGGCACGCGAUUUUAUACACCGGGGUCACUUUGGCCUUCUGGACGACCAUCCUGAUCGUCGGUAUUUGCUAUACGAUUUUUGACCUUGGAUUUCGAUUUGAUGUAGCAUGGUUUUUAACAGAGACUUCUCCAUUUAUGUGGGCUAAUCUUGGAAUUGGCCUGGCCAUCUCUCUGUCUGUUGUUGGAGCUGCAUGGGGGAUUUAUAUCACUGGAUCCAGCAUCAUUGGUGGUGGAGUCAAAGCCCCUAGAAUCAAGACCAAAAAUCUUGUCAGCAUUAUCUUUUGUGAAGCUGUUGCCAUUUACGGAAUCAUCAUGGCAAUUGUCAUUAGCAAUUUGGCAGAGAACUUCUCUGGUACGACUCCAGAGGCUAUUGGAGCAAAGAACUACCAUGCAGGCUACUCCAUGUUUGGUGCUGGACUCACUGUUGGCUUUUCAAACCUCUUCUGUGGCAUCUGUGUUGGCAUUGUGGGCAGUGGAGCUGCCCUCGCUGAUGCUCAGAAUGCCAGCCUAUUUGUCAAGAUCCUCAUUGUUGAAAUUUUCGGCAGUGCCAUUGGACUGUUUGGAGUGAUCGUAGCCAUCUUGCAGACAUCGAAAGUAAAAAUGGGAGAUUAGAUGACUACACAACCUACUGAUCAAAGAUGCUGUGUUGCUGGUGCAAACAGGAGGUGUAAAUACAUAGUAAAUUAUUUAAAUGUAUUUUCCUUUGUGUCUGUUUUUAACCAUCAUUUUCUGAAGAUUGAAAUAUUGUAUGUGCACCAAUUUGUCUUAAAAGAGUGCAUGAUGAUGUCAAAGGCAGAUCUUUGACGACUUUCACACUUAGUUUGGCAUCUCAUAAUUCUGAAAAUGAAAAUAUCACUUUAUGAUUUUGGCCAUACCUCCAUGAUGUCAUAAAAUCCAAUUUAAAUGAUAGAAUUUUUCCUUUUUUUGAAAUUAAAAGGUAUUUAAUUUAUUAAAAUAGCUUAAUAAUAUAAACAGUGAUCCUGCAUAUGGUGACAGAACAGACUGUCUAUAGACCCGAUGUUGGGGAUGAUUUUUUGACAUAUAGGGUGUUAUGUUUGUAUUCAUCUCAAAUUCCAAUAUAUAGUUCGCUGUGAUUGUUCUGUACAGUACAAGAAAAGUGAUAAAUUGCAUUAGUGUGGUUCUUUGCAUUGGAUGGGUGUAAAUCGUAAAGUAUUCUCUUGAUCGCUGUAUGCAAGAAUGUUCUUGUAUUUGCGUGAUGACACCUGGUGUAUCCGGUGUGCUUGACCUGAUCUCACUCUCACGUGUUGUGUUCUUUCAUGUAGCUACUGAAUUUAAGAAAACAGUUAUACCAAAACUAUGAUGUUUAAAAAAAAAAAGAAUAAUACCAGUCAUCUCCAAUCGUAUUUCUACCAGUGUAGACCCUCACUUUGUAGGGCUCUCUUCAGUUCUGGUUGGUUAAAAAUGAGCGGAUAUAAUUAUCUGACGUGUGUACAUAUUAAAAGCAGUUUGUUUUUUGUGAAGCAUGAGGGUGUUUGCCAUUCCGUAUUUCCUAGUUGUCUUGUAACUUUAUUUUUUUUAGUAGCAAGAAGUGGUCUUUAUCUCCCAGGAAGCUUGUUUCCUCCAUGGGUUUAAAAAAAAAAAAGUUAAAGUAAUUUAGACAAAAAUCUGAAUUGUGAAAUACUCAAAAGUCGUACCUUUUUCUUCAGAGCUGUGACCUUACAUCUCGCAAUUCUGAGUUUAUAUCUCACAAUUCAGAUUUUUUUUUCUUCCAAUUGCAAGUUUACGUCUUGCAAUUCUGAUUUUAUAUGUAGCAAUUGUGACUUUUGUUCUCAUAAUUGCAAGAAAAGUCAGAAUUGUGAGAGAUAAUUGUGAAUCCAAAUUGAGAAUUUUUUUUUUAAACCCAUGGUGGAAGCAAGUUUCCUUACGUUACUGUAAACUCUGAACAAUAUGUAAUUUCUUUGCUGUUGACAUCAGUUAAUUCUGAAAAUGAACAUUCAUAGCAGAACAGCACUGCAAACAGAUGUCUGUGGAGGACUUUAAUUGGCCACAGAUCUGAGAUGCCAUCUUUAAACAAAUAAAAAUGAGGCUGUAGAUUUUACUGGAUAUUAAGAUCUCAUUUUCGCAGCCAGAGUUUUUGUCCUCUUAAAUGUUUUAGGAAGAUGUAUUUUCAGUGUUGCAUCGGCUGAAAUAUUUAAAGGUACAGCCCAUUUAUCCCUCACAGCCUCAUUUUCAUUCUUGUAUAAUUAAAUGUUUUUUUUCCCUUCGCUAAGGUUAUCUACCAAAUCUAACAGUACUCAGUCUAAACCACUGUUUAUAGCCACGAUCAAACUUGUAAUGAUCUUACAGUUGGCCUUUUAGCUCUGCUGAAAUACUUUGCUAUCUAUGAUGUUUUUGUGAAGUGGAGGUACAUACUAAACAUGAUUUUACUAACUCCUAAGUGUCCAAAAUCAACUUCUGUUAAAUGUCUGUUUAUAUUAUGUUUAUAUUAAGGAUCAAUCAAAUCACAUACUCCAUCCGUAAAGCACUAUGAUCUUGUGAUUCAUUUCCAGUCUAGUGGCCACGAUCAUCUGUUUUCUUGCACUGGUUCUGUGGAGAGAUGCGUUCAUUUUUUUUUUUUUUUUGUUACAUGAAUAAGUGUUUAUUUUAAAACAUUCCAACUUGGACCUGGUUGUAAUCAACACACUCCUGAUGGAUCACACUGCGAGGCUGCUUUAGGUCUCCAUUAUUGUGGAGCUUCCAGGACCUGGAUUGGCUGUCUGUGGUUUAGUGGUUCAGGAGUUGUGCGGUAAAGAUGGCCUCUUAACCAUUUCUCCUGUUUCAGUGAUUGUUAAAUAUGUUAAUGUGGUGAUUCCAUUGUUUUGAUGUGUACAAGUGGAUCAUCUAGACUCCAUAAUUGUCCUUGAAGAAAUAAAAAGAAAUGUGAAAAACA